CCCUCAGGAAAAUUAAAAUGCAACAAUAUUUCCUCCUCAAAAGACAACCAAAGCCCAGUGUCUAGCAAUCCUGUCAUUCACAGGCCGACAUUCAUCCACUGUUAAAAGAAAAGGUGAUGUAACACAGUGGUGAACAUGCCCUUUCCCAACUACUUUGGCACGUGUUGCAGCCAUGAAAUUCUAAGUUAAUAAUAAUUAUUUAAAAAAAAAAGUUUAUGAGUUUGAACAUCAAAUAUAUAGUUUUUGUUGCAUAUUUAAUUGAAUAUGGGUUGAAAAGGAUUUGCAAAUCAUUGUAUUCUGUUUAUAUUUACAUCUAACACAAUUUCCCAACUCAUAUGGAAACGGGGUUUGUAAAUAAAAUAAUGCACAUAACUAAUCGUCAAAAAAAAUAGGCAUAUAUUUUUUUAAAUAAAAGCAAGCUAUACAUUAUGAAUAAAAACUUAUCAAUUAGCAGCAAUGUUAUACAUAAACUCAAAUGACUACAAAUGAAAAUAUCAAUAAUGGGCGGAGUCCCCCCCUUUGUGGGCGGAGUCUUGAUCCAGCAUCAUCCCCGCCCUUCUGUGCUCUGGCAGCCCAGCAGGAAGCUUCACUUCUCGGCUCUGACUUUUGUGUGGAGCCGCUCUCACCUCCGAGACAUGGCUUGAGCGCGCGUCCCUUUUUUCGCUUGUGGUGAACAGCCAUGGUGGAAGGUCGCGGUCAGGCCGCUUUGUUUGGACUACUUUCCCGGCGUCUUUCGUGACAACUUCUGCCCCGAGAAGAGGCGCGGGAGGGCGGCAUGGCAAACAUCAAAGUCGCGGUUCGAGUGCGUCCACUGAGCGCGAGGGAAAGUAGUGAAGGAGGACAAGUGGCUCUUCAUGUGGAGGACAACAAGUUUGUGAGGAUCCAAAAUGUCAAGCUGGACGGACGCACGGACCACACCUUGGACUCCAGGGAGAAACUUCUGGAGUUCUGUUUCGACUACUGCUACUGGUCGGUGUACCCAGAGGACCCCCACUGUGCAUCACAGGAGGAGGUGUUCCAAGACCUGGGUGUGUCGGUGCUGGCCGCAGCGUCCCAGGGAUACAACGUGUGUCUGUUUGCUUACGGCCAGACGGGAUCCGGAAAGACUUACACCAUGAUGGGAACACCGGACUCCACUGGUUUGACUCCUCGCAUCUGUCAGGGCCUUUUUAGGUCUCAGGAUCCACUUCCCGACGGGCAGAACUCGAGCAGAGUGGAGAUCAGUUUUUUGGAGAUCUACAAUGAGCGAGUCAGAGACCUGCUCGGAGGUGGCGAGCAGAAGAAGAGAGCCUCGCUAAGAGUCCGAGAACAUCCUGAUAAAGGACCCUACGUGCAAGACCUGUCGCAGCAUGUGGUGUCAGACAGCAAGCAGGCCGUGCAGCUGCUGGAGGCUGGAAUCGCCAAUCGCAUCACGGCGGCCACACACAACCACCACGCCAGCAGCCGCUCCCACGCCAUCUUCACCCUGCAGUACACUCAGGCAAGACUAGAAAACAACCGUCCCUCAGAAACCGUCAGCAAGAUCAACCUGGUGGACCUGGCUGGAAGCGAGAGAGCAGAUGCCAGCUCCUGCAGGGACCGACUGACCGAGGGCUCCAACAUCAACAAGUCUCUGGUCACGCUGGGCAUCGUCAUCUCUGCCCUGGCCCAGAACUCCCAGAUGUCCAGCAGCUGCCAGAGCAUCAACAGCAUGGCGUCCGAGGGCGAGGGCAGCACUGUGGGCAGCACUGUGGGCAGCACUGUGGGCAGCACUGUGGGCAGCACUGUGGGCAGCACUCUGUCUGGAGGAGGAGGGAGGAGACACUGCUUCAUCCCCUACAGAGACUCUGUGCUCACCUGGCUGCUGAAGGACAGCCUGGGGGGCAACUCCAAAACCAUCAUGAUCGCAACUGUGUCUCCCUCUGCUAACUGCUACAACGAGACCCUCAGCACCCUGCGCUACGCCGCCCACGCCAGAAACAUCGUCAACAAGCCCCGGGUGAACGAGGAUGCCAACGUGCGGCUGAUCAGGGAGCUCAGGGAGGAGAUCGACAGGCUGAAGAACAUGCUGCUCAACUUUGAAACGCAGCGUGAUCUCAGUCCGUCCCUGAGUGACGGGAGGGAAGGAACGCUGUCGGACAUUGUGCUGCAAAAUGAACUGAAGGUGGAUCAGCUGACCAAGGACUGGUCUGAGAGUUGGGGGGACAAGGAGGAGCUUCUGGAGCGGUACAGCGUCCACAUGGACCGUCCAGCAGGGGUCCUCGUCAACUCUCUGCAGCCGCACCUGCUGGCCUUGGAUGGAGACGUCCUGAGCACCGGCGUGGUCUUCUACCACCUCACGGAAGGACUGACCCGCAUUGGACCUCGCGGCCAGUUUAAAGAACCACAAAUUGUUCUUCAGGGCGGCGCUAGCUGCGAGGUGGAGAACGACGGAGGCGUGGUCACCCUCAGACCGCUGCCGGGUUGCGUGUGCCUUAUUGACGACAGGGAAGUCUCCGAGCCCUGCAGACUGGCGCAAGGAGCGGUCAUCACCUUGGGAGGGCUUCAUAAAUUUCGCUUCAACCACCCGGCAGAGGCGGCCGCCCUCCUGGAGCGCAGGCGGGCGAGUGAAGGUGGCAUGACCUGCACCAACCUUGAAUUUGGCCCUCAGACCCCUAACCUAAGCAGGGAGGAAGCUCCAGCAAAGGUCCAAGGGCAGCCGGGCGAGGAGUCCUCUGCCAGGCAGCGUCUGGAGGAGCAGCAGCGCUACGUGGAGGGUUUGCGCCAAGAGAUUAGUUCGGAGCAGAAACGGGCUGAAAGGGAGCUGGAGAGGGAUCAGGCUCACAUCCGACAGCAGCACAGUGAGAUCCACCAGUGGAUCCUGCAGGAGAAAUGUCACUGCUUAGAAGUGGAGGAGAAAGUCACCCAAGAGCUCGGGGUUCAAACUGACCCUCUUCUGGAGCAGCUGACGCGGCUUAUGUCCGACAGUCAGACUUCUGGAUGUCCGUCCCUAAUUGUCGGGGCUAGGAAGAAAGCCGUCCAAGAAGAGUUACUGAAGCAUCACGCACUGCGCCGCGCUGAGAGCCGCCUCCGUCGGAAAAAGCUGCAGUUCCAGCUGGAGCGGAUCGCCCGUAAGCGCCAUCUGUUGGAAGCCAAGCGGGAAUUGCAGCGUUUGGAAAAGGCCUUGCCGCCUGGAUUAGACACCCCUGACUUCCCCCCAGUGAAGCCAAAAGAACUUGUUUCCCGAAGAUAUUCCUUCUCAACGGACCUUGUGUCUCGACUCUACCCCCAGCACACCCCAAUAUUCAGACAUUUUCUCAAAAGGAAUAAGUCCACCGAGCUGACUCCGAACACUUCUUUUCAAUGCUUAAGCAGCAGGAAGUGGGUUUCAGACGAGUGCCUCAAUUGGGAAAGAUCUCAGAGUUGUUCUGGGGCUCUCCCCUCAAGACUGCACCAUGGACAAGGGAAAUCUUCUGAAAAUGUGGUACUAACAAGUAAGGAGGAGACCCCUAAUCAGCUACGUAAACCACUGUUACCGCAAAGAGACUUGUCUUUCAAAAACAGAUCAGGCGUACCCACGACGCCAAAGACACCAAUUCGACUUCCAAUGCAGCCUCUUGGCAAAGAAAACCUAGGAUCCAAAACAAACAUUCAAAAUUGUUUAACCCGAUCCCAUUCAUGGGAGAACAGAGAAGGACUGACUAGUUGUGUGGCGCCAGAAGUAAAACCUGCUAUGUCCAAAAUGUCCGGAGAACAGCCGUCAAGUGGAGAGCCCAAAGAUGAGAGGCAUCGUUUUCACUGGAGGCAUUCGAGAGAUACGAGCCAAGAAGAUUCUAGCAUGAUGAGCGCAAGUAGCAUUAAAGCAGCUGUCUCGUGCGGGGAGCUUGAACACGAGAGUCUGAUCAAAGGUGUUGGUCAGCGACGGUGGAACAGCACUGAGACCAUCCAGACCAGCAAAUGGGUAGAGAGACAUCAGGGAUUGGUCAGAUGUGAGGAAGGCGCAUCGGAAGCGUCAGAUCCUGAGAGUCUUUUCUCUCUCGAUUCUUUAUCGUCGGCCUAUGCAACGGCUCUCGCGGAGCAGUUGAAACGUGAAGAGAGCGAGCCCGAGAGUGAAGCCAGCGACAUAUCCAAAGACUCUUUGGUUGCGGAUUGCCGACUAAACUCUGGAGGGAAGAACUUCUGCCAAAAAGUGGUUCCGACAUACUCAUUGGUGACUGAUCCGCCACACUCCUGCAGGAAACAGUGCGGCAGUUCUCAAAAACCAAAGCUUGUUACUACAGAGUUGGACUGGAACCAGCAAGGCUCCUCUAAAGAAAUACCAGAAAACACUUCAUUUCAACAUUUGGGAGAGAAAGAGGUCGUUCAAUCGUUGGUUGACGGUAACGAGGGGUCUGAAAACCUGCCGCCGCUUACGGAUGCUCAGUUUGCUUCGGUUUCAGUGGAUAGUACCAGAAUCUGCAAAGAUUUAACAUAUCCACGUCAGGGAGAAAAAAACUUUGGCAGCUCCAGAGUGACCCUUUCUGGUGGUUUGUGCUCAUCCGUAGAUUGUGGUUCAGAAUCUAGUUGCACUGGAGGUUUAAAACUGCAUGAGACUUCAGGAGGAAGUUUGAUAUCAGAGAAAGAACAGUCAGACAAAGGGCCAUCUUCCGCCAUAUUGGAAACUAAGUUCAAAGAUUGCGGUCCAAUGCCCUGUUGUGACAUGCUCACUGCUGGUGACUUGCAUCGUUUAGCAAACCCAAAUCCUACUACGCAAAGGACAGUGAAUGCGUGCCUCACAGCAUCGCCUGAAGAUGACGUAUCAUGCAAUUUAAACUGUGCAGCAGAAUCAUUGCGGUCUGAGUUGGGGAAGACUGCAUACGGAACAGGAAUUGGAUCAUUGAAAGACACAGAAACCAAAGAUGACAGGGCCAUCCAUUCACCUCAGUGGGAAUCAUCUUCCAGGAAGAGGAAUAAGGAUGAGCAGGAAGCUUUCCCAGGUAGCCUAAAGAUUCCAAAAAGAAGCCCUUCUUUAAUUAGCAACCAGGAAAACACCUGGUCUGUUAAUAACAACAGUAACUCUUGUAACUGCAAAGAAAAACAUGGAAUUAAAUCGCCGGAUUCUAAUGACGUGCCUUUGUCAUUUGAGCACUGUGGGCUUCACUCUCAGAACAGCUCUUCUAUGAGAAGAGAUGAGGAAUUUGAUUCUGUAGUAGAGAAAAUCGCGGGUUCUCCAAUCGACUACACCAGAAGGAAACAUGUUUGUCAGGCUGAAGCCAUUUGCAGCGCCAUUGACAUGAGAAUCUCCAAAGUGGUAAAAGAACACUCGAAUCUGUCGUUGACUAGCAACAACAGAAGCUACUGUAGUCAGAACCCGGCAGCCGGAAUACCACAAAACCAACUGCGAGAGGACAGAAGCCCUCAAGCGAAAGGUGUGGUCAACAACAUACUCCUGCUGGUGGAUCAUGCAAAGACAUCUUUUGACUCUACAUCAACCAAUUCUGAUAAAAACCCGACUGACCAAGACAACUCCAGCAGCUGCAUCUUCCGAACAACAAGAAAUGACGGGCAGGACGAUUACACAAGUCAACAAAAUAUAACAAAGGAGCUUUUUGUUGAGGUGACUGAUUGUUCCAGAGGAGGAGGCUGCUCUGGGACUUUGGAUUCCGGGACCUCAAAAUUAGCUUCUGAUGGAUUCCAUUUCACACCACUCAAGCUUCACAGAGAAACCACUCCCACAGGGAUUGAAGCCUAUGUCGUGCAGUCAAAUAGUAAAGCUGCGACUUGUGUGGUCAAUAGGAAUUGUCAAGGAUUCUCACAGUGCGUGCACGAAGACAGCAAAGCUCCUUGCAUGUCUGAAUGUGAAGACAAAGCGCCGACCAAGCGAUCUGAAGCACACAUCCCAGAGAGCUUUGCCCUGUCGGAAGAUGAAAAGAGUAUCAGAACAAGGGAUUUUUUUCCAGCAGGUAUGCUUAAAAACAUCAAAUCCAAAAGGUUUAGGCGGUCCAAGAUACAGCCUCGUUCGUCCUCUGAUUCCUCUUGCAAGUCAUCCGAUGAAGACCAAGACCAAACCACUACGCAGCUUAAGCUUCGACCGAAGAAGCAGUCGAAUGGAAAUAAUUCCAAAGUGAAGUCUAAAAUCGAGGCAAUAAAGGAUGCCGUAGUACCCCGAAAAAGACUCUCGUUACCUCUACAAGCAUUGCCACCAAGGACAAAUGUAGAAAAAUCAACAAAUAAUGCGCUCAUGCAUUUCGCAUCAAGUGACAUCAACCCUUUCAUUCGUCAGUGGCAAGAUGGCGAGCAGCGCCUUCAGUGCUGCAAGAACCCCGCCUUCGGAAGUGCCGCCGACCUAUCCUAUAAAUCCCCGCUUUUAACCAGUACCGAAAAACGCAUAACGAGGUGCUCCAGCGUUGAUAACGGCUUAAACAGGCAGAAUUCUCCCUACGUUUCCCAUUUGAGCACCUAUGCCACCAGCAAGGUGCUUUCCAGCACACUGAGCAGCAUUGAGGACUAUAAAAACCAAACCAACAAAACUUUACACUCCGCAGCCUGUCCUUGUUCAUCUCAUCCAAGAGUCCACAUCACCACAUCCAGUGACCAUGCACCAAAACGUUUUGCUAACGACUCCUGUCAUGUGGAUAAAAUGUUUUCCUGCUCAUCUGACCCAGAGUCAAGCCAAAGAAGUACCAAUGAGCAAGCCACUCAGACCGGGUUGGUCCUGCCGCCUAGUCAGACAAACCGAGCUCCACAAAGAAAGGAGCGUCACAAAAGAAGCCACACAGAUGUACCAAAAGCCAAAGAAGGAAUAAACGAGUCCUCGACGUGGACAAGUAUGGAAAGCAUGUCAGUUCACCUCUCGAAAUUGAUCCGUAGCACCUCCGACCUGCUAGGAGAUGUCCAGGGAAUGAGAACAGGUCGCAUGUUGAAUCUACGAAGAAGUCCAGCCCUCUCAAAUAUCAGCCACAGUUGGACUGAAGACCAUUCCAAAAAAGACUGCGCCACUGAAACGGUUAUGGAUGUCGGGAUACAGACCGAAAUACCUUUGACACAAGCACACACAGAAGGCCAUCAGAGGUCCGAAAGUCACGAGCUUACCGUGACGUUGAGAGUGAUAGGAGCUGAGGUGGUGAAAACUGAGACUGAUGACAAUAUGCUGACUACAACGGACCCUAAAAGGCCGGUCAUACAAUCUGGCAACGCUACUGUUGGACAUCGGAGGCUCAGAUCUGCUCCUUCUAGAAGCACAAAGAAAUGCAUGCUUGCUGAGACACCAGACUAUCAGACUGAAAACAGGUGCAGACCAAACGGAAGCCACAUAAUCCCACCUGUUAUGAACUCUACAUCAAAAAGUCCAGUUACCUUCACAGAUCGGGCAUCAUCACCGAUACUCACAGUGGGGGUUCAGCAGCAGGUCACCCCGGGAGGAAAGGAUGGUCAAAAGGACCACGCCUCAGAUGAGGAUAGCUUUACUAAAUCUUCUUGCAGGUCGUCAUCUGUUUCAUUAAAGCCCAAACUAGACUGUGACGUUUGCUCAGAAACUUCGGAAUCAUUGGAGAUGAUCAGGAAAAUUAGCCUCAAAGACUCUGAAGAAUGCUCCCCAAACCUUAGCUGGCCACUGGAGAAGAGGACUACUAAUCACGAAGACAAAGGGAACGCCCAUUGUCAAGUCACACGGCACUGUGUCACAUCGGUUUUUUCUCUGCCGAAAAACCCCUCUGUCAGUGGUCCCAUCAGACAAUCUCAGAGAUCAGAAGUCGUACCCUGUGACCUUGCCUGUGCUCGUUCUACAAUCAUCAACAAAACCGAUGACGCGGCAUCACUCACAGCGAGCGAGUGCAGCACCGACAUCCUGCUGAACACCAAACCGUUUGCAACCGUGUCCGUCUGUCAGGAGCAAGUGCCCGAGGACCUUCCAAUGCACAACAAGUUCACCAACUGGUCCGGUAUCACCCUACAGCAAUCAAGUUGCUCUAGUUUUGCCUCUAACUCGGCCAUGCAGUCUGACCUACGGUCGAUGGAAAUCGAGAGGCUGAGGAAGGAGAGAGAGCAGGUGAUGGCUUCCGUCAACCUCAGCGCCAACGCCGUUCCGCUGACCGUGGAGCUCGCCGAGGCCAAGCUGCAUUACGGCCGUGGAGAGACAGACACGCUCCUCAAGAUGAUGUCGCCGAGGUCCAAAGAAGAGCUGGAGCAUCCCACGUCCAGCCCGACCAAACAACACUUUGGUCUCAGACAUAGUUUAAGCGUUGAGGGUUUGCGGGAAAGGAAAGAAGAGCAAUCUCAAGUGAACUGUCGAGCUCGAAGUCUCAGCCCCUGCAAAGAUGACCACUUGUCACCUCAGGACAAAAACCAGGUGCAGCAGACGAAGCCUGAGGUCACCAGGUGUCAGACAAAACAAGGUCCAGUAAGAAGUGACAUAGAGCAGCUGCUACGCGAUUACAGUCGCGCCCGCCAGGAAACCAUGACAGAGAUCGCAAAAGCCCGGGAACGACUACGUGAGAGGACGGAGGAAGAGAAGAGGAAGCUUCAGCAGCAGGUUUUAUCUGCGGAAGUGAAGGAGGACCCCCGGCAUCGGACCAGGAUCAGCAACAGCACCUUAUGCACCGGCUCAAGUCUGAGCUUGUCGUCUGGACCAACUUCAGGUUACAACAGCGGCAACACUCUGCAGCAUGGCCAAGCACAGACCACUGCUUUCCUGGAGGAAGACCUGAAUGUCCGCUCACCCCCUGCAGUGUGUGGUCCUCAAGAUGUUGAGCUUCACGCCUCCACGUGGGAGCCUCUGAUGACCUCAUCGCCUCCAGCUUUGGCCGCCUCCUUUGGCUCCUCCCCCUCGCUCCCCGCCACCUACCAGGACAUCACGACGGGCCUGCUCAGCCGCGCUCUGGCUGAGGUGCGACUCGCAGCCUCGGGGGAUUUGAGCAACCUGGUGAAGGGGAAGGUCUCUGCUGGCUGGAGACACCAGGGAGAGGAGCGAGGGAUCCAGGCCUACUACAGACCCUCCUCCAGGCCCUCAGUCCACGCCUUCUUGGCCGCCGGGGAGCUGGACGCACACCUGGAGCGUCUGUGGGAUGUCGUCUGCCAGCCGUCCAAGAGUCCGGCGUACAACCGUUCCAUCCGCACCGCCUGGUCUCGACCACUAGAUGGCAGCACUCAACUGGUCUACAUCCUCACAGAACCUUCCAGCUGCCACCUCAGCCGUCCGCGAGAUUUCUGCUGCAUCAGCGCCGAGUCCAAGCAGGGCGGCGUGCACCUGAUGGCCAUGCAGUCGGCGUUAGACAAGUCCCUGCCGCGUGCCGGCGUGGAGGCCGUCCGGGGCGAGAUGAUGCCCAGCUGCUGGCUCCUGCAGCCCGUCAGACGCGGCGGGCGCGAGGUCACCAGGGCCGUCUACCUGCUGCACGUCGACCUAGGAUCGCCGUCUUUACCGUCGCAGCUCUUGAGCUCAGUCGCCAGGGGACACGCCGCCGUCGUGGCUGCCCUCGCCAACUUUGCAGACAUGUGAUGAGACGUCAGCUGUGAGCACUUAAGACCUUGGAGACUUUUUUUUUUUUCUCCUCUUUACUCAGGCAGCCUGUUUUGGAUGGCUUCCAACAAUCUUAAUGGCAGUUUACCAAAACACUUGUUUGAAGUACACUUGGUGUACAAGCUGAAGACAAUCACUACCAAGGAGAAAAAUAUAAACUUUUUGGCUGUCAUGUCAGUAAUAUCACAGUUAUUGAUAACCACGUGGGCGUUUAAAUACACUUAAUGGAGGGCAGGAGGACUGCACACUGAUAAAUGAAAGCAUACGGUGGCACCUUUUGAUAUAUAUAUAUAUAUAUAUAUAUAUAUA